AUGUCGACCCAACUUCAAGAUGAGGCCAAGACCAUAAGUGGCGGUGGCUACGAGUCGCGCAGCAGUGCCGUCUUCGCCGUCACCGUCGCCAUGAUCACCUGCUCCACUGUUUUUGUCUUUGCCCGUUUGGCCUCUCGUGCUGGAGUUGUCAAGAAAGUCCUCCUGGAUGAUUAUUUCAUUCUUGCCGCUUGGCUGCUCGCCUUUGGCCUGUCUUUCUCCAUCUGCUACGGCUCCUUUGUCGGCCUCGGUCGACACGAGGACAACGUGCUCGAUUCGUGGCAGGGCUCUCUCAGGCGAUCACAAUACGCCUUCUCCGUUCUAUACAACCCUGCACUGAUGGCCGAGAAGACGUCUAUCCUUGUCUUUUAUCUCAGCUUAUCCAGAACCAACAGGACUUUCCGAUGGGCCACCAUAGCAACCUUGUUUGUCGUCAACGCUGCCGGAAUUGCUCUGACCCUCGUUACAAUUUUUCAAUGCACUCCUGUCGGAGCUGCCUUCAGAUAUCCGGUACCAGCUGUUCACCACUGCACUGACAUCAUUACCAUCUACCUUUCUUCGGCGCCCGUCAACAUCAUAACAGAUCUUGCCAUUUUAUUCCUGCCCAUGCCCAUCCUGACUUCAAUGCGGCUGCCUCGGAAACAGAAGACUAUUCUUGUCAUCACUUUUGGUUUUGGACUGUUUGUCGCUAUCGUCGACAUUGUCCGCAUCGCAUACCUGCAAUCCGCCUCGACAUAUCGUCUCACCCAAAUUCUCAACUACCAGAAGGACGACAGUCCCGGACGCGAUGCCGACGUUACCGACUUCUCGUGGUAUGCAUCUUAUUCCUUCAUGUGGUCUGCCAUCGAGGUCAAUGUCGGCAUCAUGUGUGCCUGUGUUCCAGCUUUGAAGCCUCUGGUGUCCAGGUUCAUGCCACAUCUUCUUCGUGACGAAGGAGAUGUCACGGAAAAGCACUCCUCGGUCGAUCGUUCGCCUACCUUUGACAUGACCAUGGCUCAACGCGUUCCAUCAAUGCCGGAUCCGGCCUAUCUCACCACACAGCCAUCUCGAGAACCUGUUGAAGAGGGCAACAUGGACAUGAUAGACUUUCUUACUACCCCGGAUAUGCAAACCAACAAGCUCGAGCGCUCGCAGACCAUGCUGACCAAUUCCACGAGAAACACCAGUGCAGACACACCUACAUUCUUUGACUUUGUCAAUCUCAAGAAUCGAAAGAGCUUCGUUCACAUGACUUCGAGAGAGUCCUUGUUCCCAGUCAUCAUGGUCACGUUGCUUUUCUUCAUAUGGGGCUUCGAAUAUGGUCUUCUGGAUGUUCUCAACAGGCAGUUUCAGGAAGUCUCUCACAUGUCAACAUCACAGUCUGUGGGAAUACACAGCGCUUAUUUCGCAGGUUAUCUCUUGGGCCCAUUGUCUUUUGGUCGUCUGGCCUUGAAGCAUUACGGAUUCAAAGCAUGCUAUAUCAUUGGUCUUAGUAUAUAUGCGUGUGGAAUUCUGAUCUUCUGGCCCGCUGCUGUUCUGGUGUCUUUCCCGACAUUCGUCAUCGUCAACUUCAUUGUCGGCCUUGGGUUGUCUACACUUGAGAUAUCGGCAAAUCCUUUUAUCGCACUCUGCGGUCCUAUGGAGUAUGUCGAAGUAAGACUCAACCUCAGUCAAGGAUUCCAAGCUAUCGGAACUGUGGUCGCACCACUCAUCGCCCAGAAGGCUCUCUUUGGGCAGUCUAAUGACGCUCCCUCGUUGAUCAAUACCCAGUGGGCCUACCUCGGGAUCGCGCUUUUCACGGUUGCACUAGCGGUCGCAUUCUUCUACGUUCCACUGCCAGAGGCUUCCGACAAAGAGCUUGAAGAAGCCUGCGAGCGUAUGGACAACGCCAAUUAUGCCACUAUCGGCAAAUUCAGAGUCAUCUGGUACACGCUUGCCGCCGGUGCCUUUGCAAUGUUUUGCUACGUAGGGGCGCAGGAGGUUAUAGCUACCACCUUCGACAACUACCUCAGAAUCGUGGCUCCCACCUUCAACGAAACGAAUUACAACGCGAUAGGGCAUGCCUUAUUCGCCGUAUCUCGUUUUGUAGCUGCAGGCGCCGGAUUUAUAAUCAAGCCACGACUUCUGCUUGUCUUCUUCCUCACAGGCACUAUCGUAUUCUCAGCCCUGGCUAUGAACUUCACAGGCUCUACCGCUACAGCGAUGGUGCUUAUGGUUUUCUUCUUUGAAGGGCCUCUUUUCCCCCUCAUCUUCGCGCAAAGCAUCCGCGGCAUGGGCAAAUACACAAAAGAUGGCAGCGUCGUCUUGAUCGCUGCAGUCUCUGGUGGCAGUGUUUUCCCUGGACUGUCUUAUGUGGCUUCACAAGCACAGAAUGCACAAUAUGCCAUGUGCGUCGCGGUUGCGGGCUUCGCAGGUGCCACUCUACUACCUUUCUUCCUCAAUUGGAGUCCACUCGCUCGCGCUCUCUGCGACCCUCUCAAGGACCCCAGCGAAAUCAGUGACGAGUCCCUUCCUGAGAGCUCAAACAGCAGUGUUGCCAGCCGAGCGCUCAGCUUCUUCAGCAUACGCAGAAAGAGUGCUGGCGAGAUGAAGACGGAAUGGCGCGAACGUCAAGCAUCUGACGAUAGCGCUGUCUCGCCUGGUGCAUGCCCAUUAUGA